AUUUUCUGUUGACUUUCGCGGCGAAAACUCGAAAAAAUUGGCAAUUUCUAUUGAUUUUUGUCGAUUUUUGCAUAAUUUAUCGAAAUUCGUGUUAAAAAUCACAUUAAGAUCUCAAAAAACCAUGCAAAACCACGGUGGAAAUGGAUAUAAUGGCUAUCCGCCGCCAGAAAGGAGAUUCUACGACACGGAGAAAAGGGACGAGCGUUGGCGAGAGGAACGGCGAAGCGAAUCUUGGCGGGAAAAUCCCCAAUUUCCACGACGAGAAGAAGCCUGGCGACCGAUUCCACCACAAUUUCAGCUUGGAAGAGAUCGAGCUCCAAUGCCGGUCGACGACGCGUUUUUGGUGAGAUAUGGCGCAAAACGCCUUAACAACGGAAAUUUAGUGGAUCGAGACGGUUAUACACUCAAAAUCCGCGAUCCAGACUGCCGAGCGCCAUCGCCUCCAAAAUAUAACCCGGGACGCGAGUUACGCAGAUAUCCAGACGCUUUAGUCCGAAGAUCGCGCUCGCCACCACGAUAUCACUCAGGACCGCGUGAAGAUCGAUUUUCAGACAGAAAUCCGCCUCGUGAACAUUCACCACCACCACCUCAGAGAUUUCCGGCGCGAGAGCGUUCUCCUGCAUAUAUCCCGGGAAGAUCGAUUCAAAGUGCCGAAAAACCCGGAAAUUGGUCGAAAUUGAAGAAAAAUGACCUGGAAGAGGUGAAAAAUGGCUAAAAUUGGCCAAAAAUUCGGAAAAAAAGACUAAAAAUCCAAAAAAAAGCCUAAAAUCGUCCGAAAUUCGGAAAAAAAGCCCGGAAACAUAUGGAAAUGAUGAAGGAAUUAGAGCAAAAAGAGCACGAAAUUAAGGAAAAACGGCCGAAAAUUGACGUAAAACCCGAAGAAAUUGAGGGAGAAGAUGAAUAUGAAGACGUUGAGGAGCCAAUUCCCCCACCAAAUACUCGUAAAACGUUGCUCGGCGAGCCACCAGCGGGAGCAGCUUCAUCCUCAUCACCAUCAGCUCAAUCAUCAACUGGCUCAUCAACUGGCACAUCUUCUUAUCAAAAUAAUAUUAAAAAAGCAUUAAUUCCCGGUAAACCACCAGGACAACCGAUUAUCAGAAGAAAACCAGCUUCAUGGUAUGAAAUGUACAAAAAACAAGUGGAUUCAUUGAAAGAACAGGUUUAUGGAAAACCCAAUCCACCACCACCAUCAGCCGGUUAUUUCUUCCAAGCACCACCUCCAGCACCAGCUUCUUCUUCAUCUACAGUACCCCCUGCUGUGAGCCCAUUUGGUGUCCCACUUGGAGCACAACCAUCCACCACGUCAUCCACCACCUACAGUAGUAACUACAGUAACCCGUCGUAUCCGCCGCCGCCAAAAGUUGAUCUACCACCACCGGGAAUUGUUCAACUGGACAGAGUCGUCUAUCCUCCUGUAUCACCACCGAGCCCACCAUUGGCGGCUGCUGCUCCGCGAGCAUCAGAGCAUUUUGUUCGAAAUGGACCAGUUUUGGGUCGAAUGGGUCAAACAGCAGCUCCACCACCACCACCACCACCACCAGAAGAUGAUUCAGAUUCGGAAGAAGACGAGGCAAUUGUAAAAUUACGGGAAAUUAUUCGAAAUUAUGGAACAAGAACCUAAAAAAAAUGGCUGAAAAUGUGGAUUUUUUGCUAGUUUUUUUUAUAUAAGUCUCUAUUUUUUAUUGCGAUUAUAAAUUAAUUUUACCCCC